AUGGGGGAGCGGGGGGAUAGAACGGGGGCGGCGGAGGCGGAUUUCGUGGAUCCCAGCUGGGUGACAAGGACAAGCCAGCCCGCGUGUCCAGCAGGGAAGGAGCUCCCUGCGCUGGGAGCCAGCUCGUCUCCGGAGGAGGCUGAUGCAGGGGACCUGCUGAAUGAAGCCGAGAGAAGCCAGCGGGUGAGCAACCCCCCAGGCUCUGCAUGGAUUGGAAUGGGGAAACCUGCCUGCAGUAAGAGCCCAGGGCAGCUGGAAAACCCCGGCUUCUUCCUCCAAGCUCUCCUCCUCCUCCUCUUCUGCAGGCAUGUUUCUUCCCAGUGCAAGAUCCUGCGCUGCAACUCGGAGUACGUGGCUGCCACCCUCAACCUGCGCGGCUCCAGCAGGAACGCGGCGUACUGCAACGCCCUCCGCUCCUACUCCCACUGCACCCGCAAGACGGCUCGCACGUGCCGGGGUGACCUGGCCUACCACUCCGCCGUCCACGGCAUCGAGGACCUCAUGAUCCAGAACAACUGCUCCAAGGAGGGUCCCACAUCGCCGCCCCGGCCCCGGCCCCCGGCCCCCAACCAUCAGGGCUUCGACUCUCUCGAUAUCUGCAACUAUGAGAAGAGUUUUCUCUACAAGCACGGCCAGCCCCCCAGCUACCAGCACUGCGCGGCGUUCGGGGACCCCCAUAUCCGCACUUUCCACGAUGACUUCCACACUUGCCGAGUGGAGGGCUCCUGGCCUCUCUUGGACAAUGACUACUUGUUCGUGCAAGCAACCAGCUCUCCGGUGGCGAAGGGGUCCAACGCUACGGUCACUAGCAAGCUCACCAUCAUCUUCAAGAACAUGAAGGAAUGCAUCGACCAGAAGGUCUAUCAGGCUGAGAUAGACAACCUCCCGGCAGCCUUCGAGGACGGCUCGGUGAACGGGGGCGAGAGGCCGGGCGGGAGCAGCUUGGCUAUCCGGGAGCGCAGCCCUGGGCGGCACGUGGAGAUCCGUGCGGAGUACAUCGGCACCACCAUCGCCGUCCGUCAGGCCGGCCGCCAGCUCUCCUUCUCCAUCCGGGCAGCCGAGGAGGUGGCGCGCGCCUUCACGGAGGAGCAGGACCUGCAGCUCUGCGUGGGUGGCUGCCCCCGCAGCCAGCGCAUCUCCCGCAGCGAGUGCUGCCGCGGCCGCGUGGCGGCCGAGACGGCUCGGGCGCUCUGCAAGGAGAUGCUGCCCGUGGAGGACGUCUACUUCCAGUCGUGUGUCUUCGACGUGGUGACCUCGGGGGAUGCCAACUUCACCAUGGCGGCUCACGGGGCACUGGAGGAUGCCAGGGUCUUCCUUCCCAACGCUGAGAAACUCCACAUCUUCCAGGCUGGGGCAGGCUGCCCGCGCGUCUCUUCUUCCUUCCUCCUCCUCCUCCUCCUCCCCUCUGGUCUUUGGGCUGUUUUGUUGCACUGGUAA